AUGCAAGGAAACCUGCAGUGCUACCUCACUGAAGCCAUGGAACGCUCUCAACAAGAUCAGCGGAACUGGAAUGUCAAGCGAUAUACCCAAGUCAAAGGAUUAAGCCUGCGAAACCGCGAAUCAUCUACACCGGAUGUCAAAUUGGAAUUGUUGCAAUCGCAUAUCAGUCGAUCGGAUAUCCUCGAUCCUAAAGAUGCUGAUCCCGACGAUUCAGGCCAAGAUGAGCGUCGACGUGCAAUGAUGGCCACCACAGAGACGUUGCAGGAGGGUGGUAGAAUUCCUCAGCGCAUUCGAGUGUCAGCAAUGAUGGAGCUAAAGGAAUUCGGUGGAUAA